CUUGAAUAAUUGACAUAUUUAUUGUCAUCAUCAAUUGUUCUCUUAGCUUAUUUGAUUAGUCUCACUAUUCUAACCCCUCCUAUCUGCCCCUCUCCGAUCCUUCACUCUUCUCUUCUCCUUCCUUCCUUUCUUUCUUUCUUUCUUUCUUUCUUCUUCUCUUCUUCUUCUUCCUCUUCAUCUGUCUCAAUGAACAGUCUCGACAGCCUCCCGGGGACUCUCCCCCGCGCCGUCAUCCCCGACAAUCUCGACCUCGCUGCCUCCGUCUCUGCUGUCCUCACCAACUUCCCCGCCCUGACAGCCGCCCAAUUCACCCCCGAUGCCAUCUGGCGCGACUCGUUCGCCCUGACCGGUACGUUUCGCACAAUCGCGGGCGUCGAGAAGAUCCUCACGGCCUGGAACGCGACCUCGUCUGCCCACUCCCCGCGCGACUUUGUCUUGAUCCCGCCCUCGCUGCACGUCGCCCGACACGACGAGUACGCGUGGAUCGACGCCCGCUUUCAAUUCACCACACACGGGGCUCUCUGUUCGGGGGGAUUGUCGCUGGUGCCUGCUGCGGACGGCUCGCUCAAGAUCUGGGUGCUCACGACGAUCCUCGAGAACCUGACGGGCGCGGGGAGUGGGAAUGUCGACGUCUUGGCCGCGGGGGUUCCUGCGCCGAUAUCUUCUUCUCCGGAUACCUUUGACGUCGUGGUUGUUGGGGGUGGCCAGUCGGGCCUGGCGGUCGGAGGGCGAUUACAUGCGCUGGGGAUUUCGUACGUGGUGAUCGAUAAAUAUCUCGAGGUGGGAGAUUCGUGGAAGACUCGCUACGACUCGACGAAACUUCAUACACUGAGGGAUUAUUCCCAUCUCCCCUUUGAAAAAACAUUCGACGCCAGCUAUCCCCAGUGGCUGACCAAAGACGAUCUCGCGCGCGGGUUCAAGGCGUGGACGGACAAGUUCAACAUCAACGUCUGGACACGCUCGCCGCUCAAGUCGUGUACGUGGAACGACAACCUCUGGACGCUUAACAUCGAACGCCACGGCGAGCCUCGGUCCCUCACAGCCAAGCAUGUUGUUUUCGCCAUUGGGACAUGCCAGAUCCCUUAUAUGCCUGACUAUGCAGACAAGCACCUCUUCAAUGGAACCAUCCUCCAUUCCGCAGAAUACAAGUCCCCCGCCGCGUGGAAGGGCAAGAAGGGAGUUGUCAUCGGCACGGCCAACACAGGCCACGAUGUCGCCGUCGACAUGGUAAACGCCGGCUUGGAAUCCGUGACCAUGGUCCAGCGCAGCCAGACUUGGGUUCUUCCACAAGAGAACUACGCCAGACUCAACGAACCCCUUUAUAACGCCCACAUGCCCACCGAGCUGGCCGACCGACUCUUCUUCAGCCUCCCGCUAGGAGUCACCCGCCAACUGCUACUCUACUUUCUGAACAUCCUCACGGACACGCAGCGGGAGAGGUUCGACGCCCUCGAAGCAAGAGGGUUCAAGCUCCAGCGCUACGGCGAUCUCAUCUACGCCCUCUACGAACGGUUUGGCGGGCAUUACAUGGACGUCGGCUCGUCGGAGCUGAUCAUCCAAGGCCGCAUCACCAUGCAGCCGUGCCUCCCCACAGCGUUCACGCCCGACGGCCUCCUUCUACAAGACGGGUCCAUCCUCCCUGCUGAUCUGGUCGUCUUCGCGACCGGAUUCCACGGAAAUCUGCGUACAGCCGUGGGCACGUUCGUCGGGCAGGACAUCCACGCCCAGCUGAGUGAUUUCUUGGGCGUCGAUGACGAGGGCGAGCUCCGCGGCGCCUGGAAAUUCACAGGCCAUCCUAAAUUGUGGUAUUCCGGUUACGAUCUGGGCUCGGCUCGUUACUUUUCCCGCUUCAUCGCUUUGCAGAUCAAGGCAGAUCUGCUGGGCAGGCCUUUGGACAGAUACGAGAUCAGACUGUAGAUAUAGACAAGUAUAUAGGAGUAUAAGUAUAGUACAAUACAUUCAGACUAACUAUACUGACAC